UAGAAGGCCAGUGGGGGGGAGUCAUUUCUCCAAGGCUGUAUUUUUCUUUCCUCACAACUCAACGUUGGCCAACAGACACAAGAGUGGUGACACUCUUUAGGAACUCUUGAGGAGCAUCUUUGCCUCAGCUUCUCUUCGACAGACCUGCCCUAGUCUCCCUUUAUCCACUUUGUCUGAUGGAUCAACAAAGCCACUUGCGUCCAGAUGAUGGGGAGGCGUUAGUCCUUUUUGACCAGCUGCUACUGAGGCUCCGUGAUGCUGUUGCCACGGUGAUAUAUCGUAUCCAUCAGAGAGUAAUUCAGGCCUUUGUUGUACUUUCUCUUGUGACCCUGCUCCUCUUCCUUGCUGCCUUUUUAUACGGGAGCUUCUACUACGCGUACAUGCCCCGAGCAGCUUUUUCCACACCUCUGCACUACCACUACAGAACAGACUGUGACUCCCCUGCCCCUCUUUGCUCCUACCCAGUGGCCAACAUCUCCCUGCUCAGAAACAGAAAACAUGUGCUGACGUUUGGACAGACAUAUCGGAUCUCCCUGCAUCUAGAGAUGCCCGAGUCCCCAACUAACGAGGACCUGGGGAUGUUCAUGAUCAAGGCCACAUGUUUCUCCCAGAAGGACGUUCAGCUGGCCUCCUCUGUUCGCUCUGCACAACAGCCGCUGCCAGCCUCCGUCUCUCGCUUUAGCAUGCUGCGGUACCGUUCAGACCUGCUCAAGACUCUGACGACGGUGCUCUUCCUCCCCGCCUUCCUGGCUGGAACCUCAGAGCAGAAGCAGCAGCUGGAGGUGGAGCUCUUCUCCAACUACGUGGACGACCCCUACUCGCCCUCGGUCACGGCUGUCAUUGAGAUCCUGUCCCACAAGGUGCAGAUCUACUCGUCCCAGCUCUAUGUUCACGCUCAUUUCACUGGUAUAAGGUACUUGUUGUUCUACUUCCCUGUCGUAUCAGCCCUGGUGGGUGUGGCCAGUAACUUCAUCUUCCUCAGUGUCCUCUUUGUCGUCAGCUACAUGAGGCUGCUGUUAAGAUUCGAAUGGAGACCAGAGCAGGUGAGAAACAAUGGCCCAGUGUCCGCGAGGGAACAGCCAGAGGAUGACAAAGGUGUUACUGCAGGUGCUGCAGAACAGGUGGGACCCCUCAGGAUAAGCACUGCAACGCCUGAAGAGACCGUGGCAACAGCAGAGACUAACAAUAAGUGAAUCACAGAAAUGCAGCAGUGACAUUAGAGAGGGAUAAGAAAACGUCACAUUUGCUCAUCUAUUCAGUUUCUUACUGCUUCUCAAUUGUGAAAUCUUGUGGUUUUAAAUUGAAUUUGGUUCAUGUGUAAAGGUUCUUAAUAAAGUAAUGAUUUCAGUACAGCAAGCUUUAGGCAAUUUUCAGCAGUUUAUGAUGAUAUUAACUUAAUUCUCAACUAUUUGAGACUCUUUUUCAUAUAUUCAGCUUCACUUAUAUAAAAAAUAAAUAAAUUCAGCAUGUUAACAUA